CUACGGAAGCGGAAGUGAUUAAGAUUUCACUCAUCACCAACAGGCACAUGAGACGGAUCGUCGCUCUCGGGCCUGUGCCACGUGGCAUCAUCUCAUAACCAUUCUUCUGUUGAUUUUUCUCUCUUUUCUAAAUCUUCUCUCAGAUUGUCAACAACAAGCUUGCCUUGGCAUUUUCGGAUCGCUUCUCAGAGUUGAUUUGGUGAUACUAUGGGAAUGUAUUCAAAACAUGCAUUCAUAGACAUAUGAAGCUGCAUGUUCCUCCAGGAUCUUAACAAUGAGUUCCUCAUUAGAGAGCCGCAGUACUGCAGAACCCAGAGAUUCUUUGGGAGAUAAUACUUCCUCAAAAAGUUCCAAAUUAAAGAGCUCUCGCGGAAAUGCAUCUUGCAGCGUCCAUUUUUCUUCUCAAUCUGCUGAAGCACAGAGGAGACUUUCAUAUUACUCCAAGAUUCAAAAUGUUUUGAGUAACCCAGCUUUAGCAGAUUCAUCAGCUGCAUAUCCUGUUGAUCAAACAUUCCGCGAUGUGUUUCAACUGAAACGUGGAAGCUAUGCGGAUCUCCCUCCUGAAAAAAUUUCAGAGAUGAUGAAAUCAAAGACUCUAGAUAAUGCUCCCACUCAGUCGCUUUUAAGUGUUGUGAAUGGUAUUCUAGAAGAAGGUGUUGAGAGAAGAAAUGGUGAAAUACCUCCACGUGUAGCUUGCUUGUUGAGAAAAGUUGUGCAAGAGAUUGAACGUCGAAUUGCAACACAGGCAGACCAUUUACGAACUCAAAACAAUCUUUUUAAGGCUCGCGAAGAUAAAUAUCAAUCAAGAAUCAAAGUACUUGAAGCGCUGGCAUCUGGAAGUACGGAAGAGAGUGAGGUCUUUACCAAUCAGGUUCAGCAGUUGAAGAUUGAGAAGACCAGAGUGGAAUAUAAGAAGGCUGACGAGGAAAAUAUUAGUAGGUUGAUGGAAGAGCAAGAUCAGAAAGAUAUGGAAAUUUCAAGAUUGAAGCAAGAAAUGGAAACAAUGAAAACCAGAUACGAGGAAGAUUUUAGUAAGGUGAUGAAAGAGCAAGACCAAAAGAAUAUUGGAAUUUCAAGGUUGAAGAAAAAAAUGGAAACAAUGGAAAAUAGAUAUGAAGAAGAUAGGAUGAAGGUAAAUGAGGAAGAUGCUAAUAGGCUGAUGGAAGAGCAAGAUCAGAAUAAUAUGGAAAUUUCAAUGGUGAAGCAAGAAAUGGAAACAAUGAAAUGCAGAUAUGAGGGUGACGUCAGUAAGUUGAUGAAAGAGAAGGACCAGAAGAAUAUGGAAAUUUCAAGGUUGAAGCAACAAAUGGAAAUAAUGAAAAGCACACAUGAGGAAGAUAUGAAAAAGGCUAAUGGGGAAGUCACUAAUAGGUUGAUGAAAGAGCAAGACCAGAAAAACAUGGAGAUUUCAAGGUUGAAGCAAGAAAUGGAAACUAUAAAAAGCACAUAUGAGGAAGAUAUGAAAAAGGCAAAUGGGGAAGUUGCCAAUAGGUUGAUGAAAGAGCAAGACCAGAAAAACAUGGAGAUUUCAAGGUUGAAGCGAGAAAUGGAAACAAUGAAAAACACAUACGAGGAAGAUAUGAAUAAGGCUAAUGGGGAAGUUGCUAACAGGAUGAAAGAGCAAGACCAGAAAAACAUGGAGAUUUCAAGGUUGAAGCGAGAAAUGGAAACAAUGAAAAGCAUGUAUGAAUUACGCUGUUCACAGUUGGAAACAGAAGCUCAGGGUGCUAAAGGAGAAAUAGAACAUAAGUCACAAGAAUAUGAACAUUUGUUGAAAGAUAUAAGACAUAAGAUGAAACAGGUUGAGGCCUCUUUUGAGUCAGAAUGUCAGAAGUGGAACAUGAAACAGAACAAACUUCAUAAUUCUUUGGAUUUCCAAUUCAGUACAGUACAGAAUUUGAAACUAUCUUGGAAAUCUAUCCAGCAAGAUGUCAUGCAAGAGAAUAGGGUCUACUCUGAUGAAUGUAAUAAGUUAGGGCUAAGUCUUCAACCACUUGUAAAGGCAGCUGAGAACCAUCAUGCCGUUCUUGCUGAAAAUCGAAAACUGUUUAAUGAAGUCCAGGAAUUAAAAGGAAACAUCAGAGUUUAUUGUCGAGUCAGACCAUUUCUUCCUGGACAAAAGGAAAAGAAGUCUAUUGUAGAACAUGCUGGUGAAAAUGAUUUGGUUGUGGCCAGUCCAUCCAAACAAGGGAAAGACGCCCUUCGAUCUUUUAAAUUCAAUAGGGUUUUUGGUCCUGCCACUACUCAAGUGGAGGUCUACUCUGACAUCCAGCCCUUUAUACGAUCCGUACUUGAUGGAUAUAAUGUAUGUAUAUUUGCAUAUGGGCAAACUGGUUCCGGCAAAACUUACACAAUGAGUGGCCCAAAUGGAGUAACAAAGGAGACUUAUGGUGUUAAUUAUCGAGCUCUAAAUGACCUCUUCAGCAUUUCUGAGAAUAGAAGGACUUCCGUAGUCUAUGAGAUUGGAGUUCAAAUUGUUGAGAUAUAUAAUGAACAAGUGCGAGAUUUGCUAUCAUCUGAUGGUUCUCAGAAAAAAACACUUGGGAUAUCGAAUCACUCUCAACAUAAGGGUUUAGCAGUACCUGAUGCCAACUUGUUCCCUGUGAAAUCAACUUCAGAUGUCAUGGACCUAAUGGACAUUGGGCUAAAAAAUAGGGCCAGCAGUGCCACUGCUAUGAAUGAAAGAAGCAGCCGCUCUCACAGUGUGGUCUCAAUUCAUGUUCGCGGGACAGAUGUAAAGUCUGGUUCUAGUCUAUUUGGCAAUCUUCAUUUGGUAGAUUUGGCAGGAAGUGAAAGGGUAGAUCGCUCUGAAGUAACUGGGGAUAGGCUUAAGGAAGCACAACAUAUAAACAAAUCACUAUCUGCCCUUGGAGAUGUCAUAUUUGCCCUUUCUCAGAAGAGCUCCCAUAUACCAUACAGAAACAGCAAACUUACUCAACUCCUGCAAAGUUCUCUCGGAGGUCAAGCAAAAACUCUUAUGUUUGUCCAAGUCAAUCCAGAUGUAAAUUCGACUUCAGAAACUCUAAGCACAUUAAAAUUUGCUGAGAGGGUUUCUGGAGUUGAGUUAGGAGCCGCACGAAGCACCAAAGAGGGUAGAGAUGUUAGAGAAUUAAUGGAGCAGGUGGCUUCUCUCAAGGACACUAUUUCAGAAAAAGAUGAAGAAAUUGAGAGGCUACAGUUACUCAAAGAUCUGAAAAAUAGCGGAACCCGUUGAGAUCCCGAUGGCUCUACUGAAAAUUCCAUUUUCAUUGGAAGCACAAAAUCAUCAGGUAACUUGCAGAAGUGAGUACUUCUUGUACACACAUGAGAGGAAGGAUCAAUUAACACUGGACCUGUAGAUCUCAAGCCAUAUCGGAACCUGUUAAAAGCCCCACAAGAAGAGGGCCAAGCUUCUUCAUCAACCCCUCAAAGAAUUUCCCUGAAGUCACCAAACAUGCAGGCUCAACAGAUUAGGAAAAGCAUAUAUGAAAGUUUGGUGCAAAUAUAAAACAAUACUAUUGAUUCAAACAUACCCUAAAGUUUUCAUCUUCUUGUUCACAGAGGCACAAGAUUGUCAGAAUAUAGUACAUCUGAAAAAAGAAUAAAUAGAUAAAAAGUUGAGUGUAAAGGUAGAGAUUGUAAAUUUAUAUGUUGACACAUCUCAAAUCUUGUAUUCUGUUGAUAAUGUGACCUUUAGAACUCUAAUUAUA